GGCAAAGCCGUUUAGGCGCUCCCGCACUGAGGUGUGGGCUAACGUUCACAGCCGGACUGCCUAGCUAGCAGCUAAAGAGCAUUUUGGUUUACCUAGCUCCACGUUCGUGUGGCUUUACCGAAACGGAAGCGGUAGCACGCUACUAUCCCUCUUUGCUACGGUAAUGCGCUCUUUCGUGGGCCAGCGCGAUGAUAAAGUCAAACGGUGUUAACCUUGACAGGUUUUUGGAGGAGUUUGCUAGACUAGAACAGAAAAUUACAGAGCUUCACGGCAAAAACAACUUGUUGGAGAUCAUGCUGGAAGAUGCCAAUAGACUCAUUAAAUUCUAUCUGACCAAGGAGAAAAGUCUGAUUGAAGAGAGAGACAGCCUUCUCGUCACAGUGACCAGACUGCAGCAGACUGUGCAGGAGCAGUGCGACCACAGAGUGGAGAAUGAGAGACUGAAGAAUGAUAUGGCGGACCUGAAACGACAGAGCGAGAAAACAGCAGAGGACGGUGAGGCUGAGGUUCAGCGGCUGCUCAGUGAAAUGAAAACAGAAGCAGAGAGACACAAGAGGGAGCUAGAGGCUAUGAGACAGCAGUGCAGGGGAGAGGUGGAGCAGGCUCACAGGGAGGGUUUCAACCAGCUGGAAGCAAAAGAUGCUGAAGUAAAGAGGCUCCUGGAGAAAAAGGAUCUGGAUCUGGAGGAGAUGAAGAAGAGGCUGAAGGAUCAGGAGAGGGAGAGGCAGAGCGAGCUCCUUAAUUUACAAAUGGAGUUUGGUGCAAAGUUAGCCAGAGUUCAGAGCACAGCUCAGUGGAGUCAGCAGCAGCAACAUGGCUCCAACCUUCUUCCUCAGAGCGUCUUCAAGAGGAAGCUGCAGUUUUUCCAGGAGGAGAAGAACAGGGAGAUUGCGGCUCUGCGUCAUACAAUCAAAGAGCUGGAAGAGAACCAGCGUGCCAGCGGCACGAACGACAACCGCCUGAAGAGGAGAAAGAUCUAGUUUGUUUACCAGAUAACAAUGCUAACAAGCUGCUGACCUGUGAGCUCCGCAGGUGCAUGAAGCUCCUGAUAUCCAGGGGCCAGAAGGAACUAAAGUGUUUUGAAAAGUCUAGAUUUGUGUUUCAGAGUUGUUGACUUAUUUUACAGAUCAUUUAUUCUAACUCUACUGCUUCUUAUGCACUGUCAUACCUGGCUAGGUUUGCGGUUGCAUGCAGUGACCAGUGCGCAGAGAGUACAUUUAAACACGAGCUGUAUUCCUGUCUAAGGCUUUAAUCCAAUCGGAUGCCUGUGUGUGUGGGGGGGGUGUUGACAUCACAUUCCUUGCAGUGUGAAACUUGUGUUCUACUAAUCUUGACAUUUUGUAAAAGUAGAUCUCUUGAAGUCUGACUCCUGUAGUUUGUGUUUUCAUAUUUUUUAUGUUUAGGAAAGCAGAGGUCUGCAAUGAUCUGCUUCUCUCAGUAGCAUAAAACUUGUCCACCUGAUUGAUAAAAGAAUUUAUUUGCACACACUGCUGUCAGUGAAACAUGCAUAGUAAUGUAGUCAUCCUGGAAAUCAGUACUCCUGCUUUAUUGAUUUGAGCUCAAUACUAUGAUCCAUUUCUCUGAUUGAUUAUACAGCAUUUAGGGUAUGUUGGCAGUUAUUUUUACAUACAUCAUACACACACACCAGAACCCAACUUUUUGAUUUUUGAUUUUGGAGGCCUGUGUUUAUAUUUGAGAAUUUAAAUUUUUUAUUGGAGCAAUACUGAGUUGAUAUUCCCAUUUUACCAUUCCAUUAUAAUAGUUUGACAUGUUAGGAAUUACGCUUACUGGCUCUGUUUCCAGACUUACAUGAGUAGGUUGAUAACACUCUCAUGUCUGUAUGCUGAAUAUCAAGCUAUUGCCAGCAGUUGGAUAGCUUAGCUUAACAUAAAAACAGGAAACAGGUGGAAACAGCUAGCCUGGCUCUGA